ACCAGGAUGGCGCUGGGGCCCGGUGUGCGGGAGGAAGGGAGGCUGGCCGUGGAUGUGUGCUCAGCAAUAGGAAAUGCUUUAUUAGCUGGGAGUGGUGGAGAGAAGCCAGGCAGGAAGAGGCAGUAAUAAGAAACAUUUUUUUGACUUCUCCCACAUCCAGACCACAGAGCGCUUGCCAAGCGGCUGCGUUCGGACAGCGGGGCCGCCGAGCCGAGCCCCCGGGGCUGGGACGGGGACGGAGACGUCCCCGAGCCGGGACGGGCGACGCUGCGGCCGCAGGAGCCCCCACGGUGCUGGAACGGAGCAGACCCAUGAAGCUCCCCCAAGCCGGGACACACGACACGGAGCUGAGCUGCCCCGGCUGAGCCGCGCGCGCCACCUCCGAGCUCGGGACCGCAGCCGGGAGAGCCUCACCGGGGCGGGCAGUGCCGUGGGCGACCGCGGGACGCAGAUGCUGUAGGAAGAUGCCGCGCGGAGCCUGCGGCCGGGCGGUGCUGGUGCUGAUGACCCUCUCCCUCAGCUUCGCAGCCGAUGAGCUGCUGUGCACCUGCGACAUGCCGUACUGCAGCGUGUCCACCUGCACGGGCAAGGUGUGCUUCGUCAGCAAAAGGAAGGAGGAGGGGACCAUCACCCAGCACAAGGGCUGCUUCUCCCAGAACACCCUGGAGAACUGCCACACGUCUGUGACGGAGCAGUACGGCAUGAGGUGCUGCUACUCCAGCAUGUGCAACGCCGAGCUGGAGAUCUUCCUGCAAGGAGAAGAGACCCUGGGAAAGGUGCCUUCCCUGCCCAACCUCCUCCUGAUGAUCUUCGUCCCGCUGCUCGCCCUCCUCGUCCUUGUGGCACUCACGGUGCUCUUCUGCUGGAAGGUGGCCCAGCACCGCCACCAGAAAAGUGACUUGGGAGACAUGGACCUCAUGCUGAAGGCAUCCAUGGUGGGAGACAGCACCCUGGAGGUGGGUGAGCUCCGUGGGGGGGACCCCAAAUGCCCCCAAGCUGCGAGAGGGAGGGAUGCUCCAGGCGUGGGGCAGCUGCCGGGCCGACCCCCUGCCGCCCCGGCUGCGCAGGACUUGCUGAACGACGACUGCACGACGGGCAGCGGCUCGGGGCUGCCCUUCCUCGUCCAGCGAACCGUGGCUCGACAAAUCACCCUCGUGGAGUGCGUGGGCAAAGGACGCUACGGCGAGGUGUGGCGAGGCGUGUGGCACGGGGAGAGCGUGGCCGUGAAGAUCUUCUCCUCCCGCGAUGAGCAGUCGUGGUUCCGUGAGACAGAGAUCUAUAACACCGUCCUCCUCCGGCACGACAACAUCCUGGGCUUCAUCGCCUCUGACAUGACGUCAAGGAACUCCAGCACCCAGCUCUGGCUCAUCACCCACUACCACGAGAAUGGCUCGCUCUACGACUACCUGCAGAGGACGGCCCUGGACGUGGAGACCUGCCUGGGGUUGGCUUCCUCCAUCAUCUGCGGCCUCGUCCACCUCCACGUGGAGAUCUUUGGCACCCAGGGCAAGCCCGCCAUUGCCCAUCGCGACCUGAAGAGCAGGAACAUCUUGGUGAAAAGCAACCGGCAGUGCUGCAUCGCAGACCUGGGGCUGGCCGUCAUGCACUCCCAGGGCAGCGACUACCUGGACAUCGGCAACAAUCCCCGGGUAGGCACCAAGCGCUACAUGGCCCCGGAGGUGCUCAGCGAGCAGAUCCGCACCGACUGCUUCGAGUCCUACAAGAAGACGGACAUCUGGGCGUACGGGCUGGUGCUCUGGGAGAUCACCCGGCGGACAGUGGUGAAUGGCAUUGUGGAGGAUUACCGGCCACCCUUCUUCGACACCGUCCCCAGCGACCCCAGCUUCGAGGACAUGAAGAAGGUGGUGUGCAUCGACCAGCAGACCCCCGUGGUCCCCAACCGCCUCUUCUCCGACUCAGUUUUGUCGGCUCUGGCGAAGAUCAUGAAGGAGUGCUGGUACCAGAGCCCCUCGGCCCGUCUCACCGCCCUGCGGAUUAAAAAGACGCUGAAGAAGCUGAACAAUUCCCUGGAAAAGCCGAAGCCAGAGCAGUGAGCGCCCGGCACGCGCCAGACCCGCUCACCGGCUGCACCGGGGACGGUGGCGAAGCCAAUACCGGGACGGCUCCCGGUCAUGGAAGGGGUUUUGCUCGCAGCCCCCCGCCUUUCACACCCCUCCUCAAAGCCUUUUUAAUUUGCAAGGAGGAAAAAAAUAGGGGGGGGAAAAAAAAAGCAAAGCAAGGAAGGAAUCUUCCAGCCCGGUUAUAAAAAUAUCCCCCGGAUCCGUCAUCCGACGCCAGCCCGUCUCGCCUGCCCGGCGGGGAUGGCAGCGGGUGCCGAGGGCCGGCGACCCACCCUGAGCCCCCCGGCCGGAUGCCACGGUCGAGGGCCGAGCAGGGCACCGGAGCCAGCGCCGUCCCCGGCCGCAGCCCCCAAGCCCAGCCGGGCACCCACCCCAUCGCCGGCGCCCGGCACAGCACGCAGGCAGCGGGCGCUGCCCAAACCUGCCUGCCCGGCGCGUUGGCAGUGGGGAUGCCGCGGGCUCGGCAGCGGCAGCAGGAAUUCCCCGGCAGGGCUGCGGUGCCUGGCGCGCCUUUCGCCGAAGGAGGUCUGGAUUUCGCUGGGAAAGGAUGGUCCGGGGGCAGCAUUCCCCUACCCCCCCGGGCUGGGCCGGAUCUGCACCCCGGCACAUCUCGGGGCUCCCCAGGACGAGGGACCACCGGCACCGAGCAGGGUCUGAGCAUCCCCCGUGCCACGGGGACCCGCCGAGACGGGGGCUCCCGCAGCCAUGGUGGCCUGAUCCUUCCCUGGUGAGCAGCCAGCAGACCCCCUUUCCAGGCCCUUUUGGUCUUCGCCAACGUUUUGUUGUUUUCCGGGGCGUUUUGGUGCACCCUGCGGCUGGCUCCAGCCCGCACUGCUCGCUGCCAUCCCAAAAGCCACCCCACGGAUCCGGAAUGUUCAGCAGAAUCAGCUUUGCACCCUACUCCAUAAUUAUUUAAUUAUUAAGAUUUAAUAUAUUUAAUAAAGCGUAAAGCUAUUUUAUCGCUUAA